GUGUGUGUGAGCAGGAUUAGGCAUUAGAUAACAGGAUUGGAAUGUUCCACACACUACAGGGAAUCUUUAAAUAGCCUUUGAGCGUGUCACUGUCUUGGUUAUCUUGUUGUGGUUUGAUAUUUUCAACCAUUUUUUCUGUGGUCCACCACACUGGCUGUGAUCCUGAUCUGAAAAAAAGAUUAGUUUUCACCUACCAGACAUGGCUGAUGUGCUGAGGAGUCUUAACCUGCUGGAAACACUAAAGGAGUCCAUUGAAAAGAACAACAUUACGGAUAUAAGAGAUGCAAUGGAGGACAUGCUGAUCAGCCGAAUCAACAUUGCGAUCAUUGGAGACAGAAAUGCUGAAAAAGCCACUUUUAUAAAUUCACUUCGAGGACUGAGCCAAGAAGAUGAAUCCGCAGCCCGUACUCCAUCAUCCGCUGCCCCAGAGGAUCUAGCCGUAUUCCCGAAUCCAAAGCACCCUGACUUUCGCCUUUGGGAUCUGCCAUCCAUCUCUAGCAACGCUUCUUUUGAGGCAGAGGACUAUGUCGAACGUUUCAAAGUUAUGAGAUACAACUCCAUCAUUAUCACAUUCACAGAGAAACCAAGUGUUAACAGUGUGGCGGUGUGGAGGGAAGUGAGGUCGCUGCAGAAAGAGACAGUUUACUUCAUCUUACUAUCAUCUAUGAAGGACACUGAGAAAACACUGGAGGUGAAGAAGAAGGCAAGCUUAGAAGUCCUCAAGACAGAAGGAGUUCCUCUGCCCAAGGUGUUUCUGGUACAACCUUCAGCUUUGGAGAAGCUGGACUUUCUGAAGUUUUUAGAGGUCAUGCGAGGUGACCUUCCAGAGAUCAGAUCGCAUGCUCUUCUUCUAGCACUUCCUACAAUCUCCAACUCCUUGGUCACUCAGAAGAAAGAUGCCUUUAAGGCACUGGUGUGGGCCGCUGCCUCAUUAUCCGGAGGCGUUUCUGCCAUUCCUGUACCUUUGGUGGCUUCCAUGGUGGACGCUACGGUGGCCAUACGGAUUCUGAACAAGGCUCAGAUCUCACUUUGCCUGGACGAUGACUCUCUGCAGCGGCUGGCGAGGCAGCGGGGUCUCGACCCAGCCAGGCUGAAGGCCCUGCGCACCUGUGCUCUCUCUGUGGAGGUCAGCAAGAGCGAAGUUAAAAGACGACUCGCAGAAGCCGAGAAAGACACCAGCACUGCAACCACCAGACUUGUGGAUCUAGCCAUGCCGAGACACGCCAGAUCCGUCAGCCGAUCUUUCACCGUUAUGCUGCAGGCACUCAACACUGCUAUUGACGAUAUGGGUUCUGAUGCUGAGAAGGUGGUUGCUAUGGUAACAGGAGAGGGACAGUAGACUGAGCAGUAUCAAUACACAAACACACAUCAUACUCAACGUGGACUGAUACCUAAAUGGACUAUAGCCCUAGCAUUUAAACUAUACGUAAUAUAUUCAUUAAAAAAAGAAUAACACACUUCAUUUUCAUUAUUUAGUUGAUUAAUAUGCCAUAUAAUAUUAGUUUUCAGUGCAGUUCAUUUUAAUAGUUAACUAUCAUAAAUGCCCAUCAGGGAUGCAAAUUCAUGACCCCCCCCCCCCCCCCCCUUUUAUAUCAGUUUCAAAUGCAGAUUUUUUUUAUUCCACAUUCACGUUAUUAUUUUUUAUUAUUGUUAUUGCUAUUAUUUUUAUCAUAAACUUGAAUAAACCAAUACAAAAACAUUUCUGUAGUCAUAAUACUACUAAUAAAAAAAUAAUAAAAGUCCCCCAUCAGAUAUACACAAAUGACAUAUUUUGGUUUCAAAAUGUCUAUUCUUGUCACAAGGUCACACAUUUGCAUCUCUGUAUAUGUGUAACAAGUCUGUAUAGAGUUUAUUUAACAUUAGAAUGUUGUUUAGACUUAAAGGGCAAUGGUACACUUCUGCUAUUUAAAAAUAUAUAUUUAAAAAAAUUGCAAUUAGUUCCGUUUCCUUUUCUUGUUAUGUUUCAAUGUCUUACAUGGUCAUAACCACGUUACUGGACUUCAUUUAGCCUUUCAUUACCUUUUUACACUGCACAGCUUUUUACAAAGCAUGCAUAAAUUAAAUUCCAUGUGCAACAUCAAAUCCUCUUACAUCUGAAUAACAGUGAGCAUACAGGAAACACGAAUACACAGGGAUUACUUAAAGGGAUACUCCACCCUAAAAUGAACAUUUUAUCAUUAAUCACUUACCCCCAUGUCGUUCUAAACCUGUACAAGCUUCAUUUGUCAAGAGCUUACACUCUUCUGUGUUAGCCACGCCACAAGGAUACGUUUUCUACAUGUAUUUAUGUUUUUAUUUGAAUCCAUUUAGAACUCGUUCUUCUCCCUUUUCCUAUCACAUAUCAGAUCAUAAAAGUGUUUAUUUUCAAUGAAAAUGAUUGAAAUAUUAAAAUGUUUUAAAUGAAGUGUCUCAUGGGAAGCAUAAUUACUAAAGUUAUGAAACAGAUGUAGGCAGGGCUUUAUUGUCCCAAUAAGGCAGCAUCAAUUUAAUAAUUUGAAUAAAUAUGUUAUGUCCCAGGC